AUGACGUCCUUGGUGCUGGAGUUUUUGGGUGUCAAACCACAGCUCAGCUUGCUGUCGAUUCGAGCGGGACAGUCUCUGGUGGAUCUUAGACAUCAUCGCUCUGUUAUUGUCACUAUGCAUUACCAUCCUGAAGCUGUUCAACGCCAAGCAACCGUCGACAACCGCCUCAUUGAAUGUUCCCUUGAAGCCCUCGAACAGAUCGGCCAUGACUUGAUUUGCAACGCCGAAAACCUGCAGAUUCCACAGUUGAUCCCUGAGACGAUUAGGAACACUGGCACGGCGUUGGAGACGUUGGAUGGGAUUGAUGGGAUGGGAGACUUGCCAAGACCCGGCUUGGGGGUGUCUGUGGCUACGACGCAGUCUCAUCUUCGGUCAGCUUUUCGACUCGCUAUCUCCGCAAGAAAGGUGAGGCUCCUGUUCCGUCAGAUUCUCCCGGAAAUUUGGGCAGUUGGCCCGCCAAGGUUACUCGCGAUCCAGACGGAAGAUGCUGCGCGGCCACUGCACACCGACGUCCACCAGCAGGUCGAAGAGGUAGUCGAACACAACGAGCCGCCGGCUUUUCGCCACCCUGAACUACUUCGCGAGCAGGAAGAGCACGAUUGGGCAGACAGGGUGGUGCAUCGGAUCCUUUGCCCCGCAGCCGUUCGAAAAUGA